CAUCUAGUUAAUGUCGCAGAAAUGCCAUCAAAGUUUAUAUUAGUUAAUGAAUCUUCAAAAUUCAAUAUUAACUUAACUUAAAAUAUAAAAAUUUUGAAACCAACAAUUUCAAAAUUGAUAUUUCUUAUAAAAUUGUAUGUGCUAAUGCAUUAUUAACUUGACAUUUUUUAAUAAGCCGAAUCUAACGAUAGUGUGAACUUUAACCUAGUUUUUUGUGUUCAAAAUGAAUGCAUCAGAUGGAAAUGAUAGUGGUAUUUAUACAUUUAAUGCAGUCCGAAAUUCAUUUUCAAUGCAGUCUAUCAAGGAUGAUAUAAGUAAAUGUAAUGUGAGGGGCUCAGAACAAGUUUUAGACCCCAGUAUUGACUCGAUAAAUUAUUUAGAUCGACAUCAUAAUGAAAAAAUGAUCGAUUUCGAAGAGAAGAAUUCGUAUUAUCAAUAUAUUGAUGAAUCUAGAUCAAGUGUCUCUUCAUCAUGUGAAAGGAAUUCUACAAGUGAAAGUAGUGAUUUUAUAAAAUCAAAUAACCCCAUAGAUUUUGUAAACGUUGGAAAUGAUGAUAAUAGAGAUAUAUUACAAAAUUACAAAGUCAAUUUUUUAUUGAAUGGAAAGAAACUAUUGAAAAAUAUUAAUUCGCUUGAUGAUUUGAUGAAUAAAACGUCGAGAACAAUGACAACACUAGAAGAAAAACCUGUUAAACAAGUAAAAAAUAUAGAUGAUUUGAAGAAAGUACUCUCCAAAGUGAAGGUUGUGACAGGUGAAAUCAGUAGUUGCGAUGAAGUAAACACAGGUAAUUUUUCAAAUAAAAUACCAAAUGAAAAUAAAACACCGCUCUCAGCACAUUCUAAAAUUCAAUUAAAAAAUUAUUGUCGUACAUGUGCUGGAUUAAAAAUACCUUUGGUAGAUAUAUUCGGAGAAAAAGGUAUCCAAAUGAGAUUAAAUCAACAAAUGAGACAUCUAGAGCAUAUUAGUAAAGAUGAUAGUUUAUCCACACAAAUUUGUAUGGAUUGCAUUUGCGAUUUAAAAAUGAGUUACAAGUUUUUUAUGCAAAUAAAAAAGGCUGAAGUUAAAUUAAAAUCAAUUCGUACGUCUUUAAGUUCAGUGUCUGCGCGCCAAACGGACUUAAAGCCAGAUGAAUUUAUAAAUUCAAAAAAGUCUCAAGAACGAGAAGAAAUCAUCAAGUGCCCAAUGCAAGUUAAUAAACGAGAAUCGUCACGAAUCAUAAUUAAUUCGAGUGACGUAGCUGCUAAUAACCACUGUGCAAACGCAAUAGAUAAUUUAAUGGAACAUGAAGAGAAAAACAAGUAUAAUGAAGAUAAUUUUACUGAAGAAUUCGAUCCCGAUAAUUCUAUACCUUCAAUAGAAACGUGUGAUAAGUCACAUUUUGACAUGGAAAUAGACACUAAUUUAAAUAACGUGCAACAAGAAAAUCAUGCUGAUGUGUAUAGUAAAGAAACGACUUUACCAAUAAAUGAUGAAUUAUGCCAAAAGAAUGGUGAAGAAUCAGAAGAUAUAACAGAUAAAUCAAUUUAUCAGUACAAUUCAGAACUUAAAACUUAUAUAAAAUUAGAAACUGAUAAAUCAGUAGUAUCUAAUAUUUUAAUUCAAUCGAAUCCAGACAUCCUUGAAUCCGAAAAUGAUGCAAUGUUGAAACAAAAAAAUUUGUUGAAAAAAAACAUUUCAUUAGAUGCAUUGAACAAUACAGCAGUAUCAGAGAAAGAAUCAAAGAUUGACCAAUUGAAUACCGUGAUUGCACCACCAGCGAAAGAAGAAGAUAUAAUGUAUGUUACUGUAAAAGGUUCUAAACCAAAUGAAUUACUUUUGGUUAAAGUUAAAAAAAUGCAUAAAAAUGGCGACAGAAAAGGAGGUAACUAUUUGAAUAAAAACAUCGCUGAUGUAAAAUCUGCGGAAAAGUUUUUUAAAACUCUUUCAUACAAAGAUAUCUACAAUAAUCGUACAAAAGAAAUAGAAAAUCGAGGAGCGAUAAUUGAAGAGCAAAUUGAGGAAUACAAAAAAAAACGCGAAAAGUUUCUUGGUGUUGUUAGCUGCAGUAAUAAUAGUGCAAUUAGUACAGGAAAUAUAAAAAAUUCUAUAAAUAUAAAUAACUUUGACGGGGAAGAAAGUUCUUCUGACAAAAUUCAAAGAUCAACUCUAAUAGAAUCUAUAGAUUCUAACAAAACUAAUGAUAGGUUAUUAGAUGGUACAGAAGUUGAAGAAUUACAUUUUUUGGACAUUGAUAAAAAUAAAAAAAAUUCCAAUGAAGUGAAACAUGAAAAUACACAAGAAUAUUUGACGACAUUAGUAAAUAUUAACCAAAACUGCGAAAUAAGUAAUUCUAAAAAACAGCCGUUGAAAAAAGAAUUAACUGAUUCAAUUGAAAAAGGGAAUAUUGAUAAAUUAUAUCGAAUUUUAGGAGAAAAUGAAAAAAAUUUACUAGAAUUUCAGGAAUAUCUGAAACAGCGGAAGAUUGUAAUUGCACGAUUAAACGAUCAAGAUAUUAUAUCGUUAUAUGAAGAUCGCCAUGCUACAAUACAAAAAAAAUUUCCAAAUUUAAUUUAUGAAAAUCAUUCUGUGAAUCCUACUAAUGAAAACAAUUUUUUAGAUUGUGAUUAUUGUUCAGAAAUUUUUUUUUCUCAAGAAAGUUUCGAAGAACAUCUUAAAACUCAUGACUUUAAAAUUUUGUUUUUUUGCGAAGAUUGUGGAUCGGAAUUUUCGACUAAUAAAGCUAAGCGAGCACAUAAUAUAAUAUGUGUGAAGAAAUUAAUUUGUAAAUAUUGCGAUUUUGUGUCAGAAUCAAAGGGGAAAAAACGUCAACAUGAACAAAAGCACUGUGAUGCUAUUUAUGGUCAACUAUGUGACAUGUGUGGGGAAAAAUUUAAACAUCAAGGUACUUUAGAUCAACAUAUUAAGACCCAACAUAUGAGCUGGGAAAAAAUUUUUCAAUGUCCUAAGUGUCCCAAAAAAUUUGCUUUUAAACAAAAAUUAAGCUUUCAUGUAAAAUCAGUUCAUACAACAUUACGAGCUUAUUUAUGCGAAGACUGUGGAGCUGAUUUUAAAAAUCCAGCAUCUCUAAGACAUCAUCGCAUUCGAAAACAUCAGCCUUCGAGUAAUAAACGUGAGUGUCAAGUUUGUCAUAAAAUUGUUCCAUUUUACAGUCUUUCAAAGCAUAUGUACACUCAUAAAGCAUAUACAAUUAAGUGUCCACAUUGCGAUAAAAUGUUUAAAAAUUCGUCAACAUUGAAACAACAUCUACGAAUUCAUGAAGAUCAACGACCAUACCGUUGUGAAAAUUGUGGUGCUGGGUUUAAUCGACGAGAUGGUUUAAGAUUGCAUAUGCGGGUUCAUCUAAAAUCUAAUAGUCGAGCUCUUAGAGAAUGCUCUUGUCAGAUAUGCUCAGAAAAAUUUCCUAAUCAUUCAAUGCUCGUUAUUCAUCGAAAUCGUGUUCAUAAAGAUGGUAAACAAUAUACGUGCCGUAUAUGUAAUCGUUCGAUGCUUUCUUCCAGAUCAUUAGAGUGGCAUAUGUCUCAUAUUCACAAUGAAAUACCACCAGGUAUUUCAAGAGAUCAAGUUGAACCUACGCUUGAAAAAAAAAGAGUAUUAUGCAAUCAUUGUAAUAAAACAUUUAAGACCGAAAUGAUUUUGAGAACUCAUAUUAAAAAUACACAUAUGGAAAAAAAUCCGGUUAAAUGUUUAGACUGUGAUUUAAUGUUCACAUCAGAAGUAAGAUUGAAACACCAUAUGAUGAUUGCUCACAAUCGAUUUGAAGGUACACUUACUUGUCCUCAUUGCCCAAAACGUUUUGUUAACCAGUUAAGGCUUAAAACUCAUAUGAUAUCACAUUCAGAAGACAGACCUUACACUUGUGAAAUUUGUGGUUUUAAUUUAAAAACAAAAAUUCAAUUAAUAAAACAUCAUCAAAAUAAACAUAGUGAUGAACGACCGCUUCAAUGCCGAUUCUGUCCCUGGAGAUGUAAACAAGUUAGUGCAUUGGUUUGUCAUGAAAGAACGCAUACGAAUGAACGACCCUAUUCUUGCAUAGUUUGCAAACAACGUUUUAAAUAUCUCGGAGAUAAAAAUAAACACCAGAGAAGACAUGAGAGUCUCGGAGGGGCAGGGUUCAAACGCAUUGUUGCUGGAAGAAAUAUUAAACAGUCAAGAAAUCAUGAAGGAGAAACUUCAGGUUCAGAUCAAGAACAAGUAGAACCAGAGGACGAAUAUGAAACUACUGUAGAGGAUGAACAACAAUUUGGCGAGCAAAUUAGUCAUGAAGGAGAUCAGCAAAUAAUCAAGUUUGAAGCAGUAGAAGUUGAUGAAGAUUAUGAGCAAGUUUAUGAACAAGAAUAUGACGAAAUUUCGGAAAUAGCCUCUGAUUCUGCUGAUGUGAUAAUGAGUAUCGAAAAUACAUCAGUUUAUACUGAAGAAGUUUCUGCUGAAAACAUUGAGCAUGAAGACAUAACUGAUCAAAUGUUACAACCUGGGACGAUAGUUCAUUUACGACAGAAAGAUGAAAAUGGAAAAAUUCAAGUUAUUCCUGUCAUGUUAUCUUUGCCUGAUUUAACCGAAUCAGGCACUGAAGUUGAUUUAGCAACUGCAUCAAUAAUGUAUAAUAGCUAAAUUAUUUGAAAUGGUGAAUGAUAUUUUAUUAAUUAACUCAAUUAUCGAUAGUUAUUUUAUUUCACUACACUUUUCUUUUCAGCUUCAAGGUAUUGCUAUGUGUAGAUAGUAAUUAAAUUAUUCAUAUUAUAAUCGAAGAUAAUUUUUAAGAAAUAAAGCAAUUUAAUGAAUAUUUUUAUCUAACUUAUACUUAAAAAUUAAGCCUAUAUAGUAGAAUUAGCUACAAAUUUAAUUGUAACAAACAAAAUUAUAAUACAAAGGUAUAAAAUUGAUUAAUUUAAUAAAAUAAGUUAAUUAUGUUUAUUACCAGCUU